AUGCUCAAAAUGCUUCUUACCCUUUCCCUCGUCCUGCUAUUCGCAGUUCCCACCUCCGCUCAAUUGGGAAAUGGAACAUGUGAUGAAGGAUGGAAAUGGUUUCACAGAACAGGAGGUGGUUGGUGUAUGAAGUUGUUCACUGGAUCCUACAGUUGGUUUCAUGCAGCCGGUUUGUGUCAGACUCAAGGAGCUCGCCUAUCAGGAAUAGGAGGGGAUACCGGAGUAAACCCUCAGCAAAGAAUUGAGCAACAGUGGAUAAAAGACGCUCUUCUCAAUCUAACUUCCCACAUAACUGAUGUUCAACCCAACGUUUGGAUCGGUGCAAGACGCAAACCUGAGUGCAUGUAUAAACAGUUGAAUGUAGCUGCAUUAUGUAUUCCAGUACUUGCUUUCGAGUGGACUGAUGGUAAAACAAUCGGAGUUAAUGGUUUCCAAUGGGCACCUGGAGAGCCUAACAAUGUUGGCGGAAUCGAGGAUUGUGGAGCAUUACGCACGGAUAUGAACAAAUCGAAUGAUUUUGAGUGA